AUGUUGCAGUCGAGUGAGAAGAUGAGUGGGCGAAGUUUUUGUGAUGCGGAAGCCGAUAUCCUUAGAGAAGCGGUGGAUUAUUGUCAGUUGGAGGACCUUGGGUACCUUGGCCAUGAUUUUACAUGGGCAAACAAUAGAGGAGGAGAUGAAAAUAUCCAGGAACGCCUUGACAGGUUCCUAGCAAAUCGUUCUUGGUGUGUCAUGUUCCCAGCUUCGUUUGUUACUCAUCUUACCAAACGAAGAUCAGACCACCUGCCCAUACUCUUGUGUAUCAAGGAAGAUCUCCAUAUGCCAAAGAAAAAAAAGAAGAAGAAAAAGAUGUACCGCUUUGAAGAAAUGUGGCUUCGUGAUGAGAACUGUGAAAGGAUAGUGUCCGAUGCUUGGGAUAGGGGAGGUGACCUUUGUUCAAAAAUUGCCUUCACUUCUUCUAAUCUUAGUGCGUGGAGUAGAGAUAAAUUUAGGGAUUUUGUGAAGGAACUCCAAGCUUGUAGGGGGCAAAUGGAGCAUCUUAUGGGUGAACCCCAAACGGAGGAAAUUAUUGCCCAAAUGCGUGCAAUUGAUGAUAGGAUCGAUGGAUGA